AGGCCCAUUUAUUUACAUAUAUAGCCCUGCUGCUCCUGGCCCCUUUCGCCAGUUCCGUUCCAUUAUUGGUUCUUGUGAGGAGGGGGGCGGAGAAACGGAAGCAGGAAGCAGAGGAGGAGAUCGGCCAGUCCUUCAACCACACAGGGUGUGAUGGCGUCAAAGAGGAUACAGAAGGAGCUCAAGGAUCUGCAGAAGGAUCCCCCGACCUCAUGCAGUGCAGGUCCUGUGGGUGAAGAUAUGUUCCACUGGCAGGCAACAAUAAUGGGCCCAUCUGACAGCCCAUAUUCUGGUGGAGUUUUCCUAGUUACCAUCCACUUCCCUCCUGAUUAUCCUUUCAAACCACCAAAGGUGGCAUUCCGCACCAAGGUGUUCCAUCCAAACAUCAACAGCAACGGGAGCAUUUGCCUCGACAUCCUCAAGGACCAAUGGAGCCCCGCUCUGACUAUUUCCAAGGUGCUGCUGUCCAUCUGCUCCCUGCUGUGUGACCCAAACCCUGAUGAUCCUCUGGUUCCUGAGAUCGCGCACAUGUACAAGACGGACCGGCACAAGUACGAGAGCACCGCCAGGACCUGGACGCAGAGGUAUGCCAUGUAAUGUAAGACGGCGGACGGGUCGCCGGAGUCGGUCUUGUUUGUAACAUUCUCGAUCUGUGCGUGUGUAUGUGCCUGUCAAAACUGGCUGCACUCGUUGCUCAAUUUGUGUCACUUGGCGCAGUGACUUGGAUCAUCGAACCGGUGUUGCAUAUUUUGGAUUCAGAUAAAUGUCACCACCUGCCGCCAUGUGGGUGCUUGCAAUGUGCUUUAAA